UAUUUCAAACCAAAACAAAUAACCCAUAGCCAAGUGCAGUUCAUGUAGGCUAGGAAUUUAUCAUCCAUACAUUAAGUUUAUUGCACAGCGGACUAUUUCAGCAACCGGACAAAACGUCAAAUCGGAAUGUUGCCCAAGGAUGGAAAGUUGUGUCAACGUUUAGCUUAUACAGCCAGCUAGGUAACCUUAGCCGACUAACUGUUGGUGAUGUGUUUAUCUUAGCUGUGAAAGCUAAAUGAACAGGCUAACCAAAAAAAGUCUAAAAUCGUCUUAGCCGCUCUAAAGUCUCCGUAAACCAAGAUGUCGAUUGACUUCUCGCAUUUUACAUCGUUGGUAAGUUCCAACAUAAUCACGUUUUAAAGGAAUAGUUUCUUUAUGUCAGCCAAGGCCGAGGAGGUCCCACUAUCUCCAACAGCACGUUUAGCAUUAAAUUGUGACCAGCAGUGUGGUUUGUCAGUGUUUGACUGCAACCACCAGCAUCAGCAGGACAGCGCCAUGAGUUUGUACAGGUCCAGUGCCAGAGGUGGUGCUAUCGGUGGUGCAAGAGAAAGAGGAAGAGCAGUACAUUACCAGGAACAGCGGCAACGCUCCAGCGACUGCUCACGUGACUCCUCCUAUGAGAGAGGAGAGAGCCAGCUGACACCUUGCAUCAGGAAUGUUACUUCUCCCACUCGGCAGCAUGACUAUGAACGUGGUGAAGGAGGCUCUUCCUCUAGAUCCUCCAGUCCACGUAAUCCCAGGGUUUCUGUUCCCUAUUCUCAUAUUGGAGGAACUCUGAUUGCAGGACACAUACCUUGGUCCCUGGGUCUUCCUGGAGUUCACCACCACUCCAAGACCCUGGGGCAAGAACCAUGCGAUAUGAUAUAUGUGUAUGACUUCAGCAGUAAAGAAGGGCAUAGAGGUGUAAUGAGACUUGGAGAAAGAGUGACACUUAUUGUGGACAAUACAAGAUUUGUGGUGGAUCCUGCCAUCUUCACAGCUCAACCUAACACCAUGCUGGGCAGGAUGUUUGGUUCUGGACGGGACAACAACUUCACACGACCCAAUGAAAAAGGAGAGUUUGAGGUGGCUGAUGGCAUCAGUUCCACUGUCUUCAGAGCCAUCCUGGAUUACUACAAGUCAGGGAUAAUCCGCUGUCCUGAUGGCGUUUCCAUUCCCGAGCUGCGGGAGGCGUGUGACUACCUCUGUAUCUCCUUCAACUACAGCACCAUCAAGUGCAGAGACCUCAGUGCCCUGAUGCAUGAGCUGUCUAACGACGGGGCCCGGCAUCAGUUUGAGUGUUACCUGGAGGAGAUGGUGUUGCCACUGAUGGUGGCCAGCGCUCAGAGUGGAGAGAGGGAGUGUCACAUAGUGGUGCUGACCGAUGACGACGUGGUGGACUGGGAUGAAGAGUACCCUCCACAGAUGGGGGAGGAGUACUCUCAGAUCAUCUACAGCACCAAAUUGUACCGAUUCUUCAAGUACAUAGAGAACAGGGAUGUGGCCAAGUCUGUGCUGAAGGACAGAGGACUGAAAAAGAUCCGUCUGGGAAUAGAAGGCUACCCAACCUAUAAAGAGAAGGUGAAGCGGCGUCCUGGAGGUCGUCCAGAGGUCAUCUACAACUACGUCCAGCGUCCCUUUAUUCGCAUGUCCUGGGAGAAGGAGGAAGGGAAGAGCCGACAUGUGGACUUCCAGUGCGUCAAGUCUAAAUCCACAACCAACCUGGCCGCAGCUGCUGCAGACAUUCCCCAGGACCAGCUGGUGGUCAUGCAUCCUCUGGGGCCACAGGUGGACGAGCUAGACACUCUGCCACAACCGCCAACCGUCAAUGACCCCCACCAGCCGGUGCUCGGGCAGGGGCUGGACCACAACAUGACCCCCCAGCUAGCACAGGCCCAUGAGGGCCUGAACCAACAGGCUCAGGACAGUCCAAACCAGGCCACGCACAGCCUGGCCAACAGCAACCAGCAGCAGGAGCACGGCAGCAGCCACACUCAGGCCACUUACCACUACGAGCCGGACCAUGACACACUGUCACCCUCUGCAUGAGACUAGUUUCACACUUCAUAUACCCUCUACUCCUGUGUUCACACUGCCAGCAACAAGUGCUUUAGCUCAUUACACUGAGCUAAAUUCAGAGCUAGAAUCUGCUCUGAAUUUAGAGCUAAAAAUUGCUAAAGACGAAUGAAACACUCAAAUUUUGGACACAACUAUUCUCUGACCAUCAAUUGUGGGACGCACAUUCUCAUAAAAGCUCUCGAGAACUGGGAACAUAGAGAAAUAGUGUAGCACAGAAACCUGACUGGCCACCAACAGCCAAUAAGAAACAUAGUUAAACUUUUCUCAGCAUCAGCAUGUGGCAGUUCUUGUUACUUGUUGCUUUCAGUGUGAACAAAAACUUUGUUCCUGCACCUCCCCACAACCCCCCUCUUUCUGACUGGCAAAACACCACUUUGCCUUCUGUUGCACCUCUGCUGCAGCCUUUCUCACACAGCGUCUGAAUGAACGAGAACUGCUCAGCAGCCAAGGAUGAAUAAAAGCACAUCAUCAGGCGUCCUCACCCACCUCUCUUCAUUAUUUGCUUUUAUUUAUCUGACCGGAGGAGAAUUCAUUGGCGUUCUGUAUACAUGUGAGGACAGAGUACUGUAUUUUAUUUUAAUGAAGCAUGUGUGAUAGCUGUGAGUGUGUUGACUGUGCUUUGUGCUGCUAGGAUACUGUAUCUCUCUUAGAACGUGGAUUUCAGUGCCUCUUCAUAGUUGGUUUGGGGGCAAGUAUAUUGGAUGGGAUGAUUCACUUUUUCCAGCAUAUGUGAAGGUCUUGAUGAUUAGAGUGAAGUUUUUGUUUUACACAACAUAGAUGAGGAUUUUUCAGAAGAUGUUCCAUUCCCUCUGUUGUUUAUUCCAGUUAAUUUGGUUCCUAGUUUCUGUUUAAAUGCAUGUCUUCACUUUUUUGCUCCACUUCUGUUUGAGUCCUGAUAGUUCUGAAAACUCUGCACAGGUUUAUCACCACUGCUGUGACCACAUAAGAUGUCAGAAAAGAUGUUGAACACAAUGUUUUUCUAAUAAAGAGUAUUCAUAACA